CAAGCAAACGCUCCUUAGCAACCGAUACACAGACAGACAGAAAGAGAGACAGACAGACGGACAGAGAGACAGACAGGCAGACAGAGAGACAGACAGACAGAAAGAGAGACAGACAUUCAGCCUUCCUCCUCCUCCUCUUCCUCCUCCUCCUCCUCCUCCUCCUCUUCCUCCUCCUCCUCCUCCUCCUCUUCGUCCUGAUGGAUGAGACAGUGAGACCUCUGAGGAUUCCUCCUCAGAUCUCCGUCUACGCUGAAGAACACAACAUCUUCCCCAUGCUGCAGAGCAUGCUCUCCAGUCUGGUGAUCAAUCAGCCUGAAGAUCCGAUCGGUCACAUGAUCAGUCUGCUGGAGAGGAGCAGCUGGGACAUCCCCAGGGUGGUGCUGCUCGGUCCUCCUGCUGUAGGGAAGCACUCAGUGGCCACAAAGCUGAGCGCUGAGCUGAGAGCUGUCCAUGUGACUAGAGAGAGUUUACUGGAGGACCAAUCAGAGACGAGAGAGCAGGAACUUCCUGAUGAGCUGCUGGUUCAACUAAUUCAACAGAGACUGAACGAGAUCGACUGCUUCAACAGGGGCUGGGUGCUGGAGGGAAUCCCUGAGACCCGUCUGCAGGCUCUGAGUCUCCAGCAGGCCGGAGUCCUUCCUGAACAUGUUGUGAUGUUGGAGGCUCCUGAUGAUGUGCUGCUGCAGAGGACUCAGGGGAAACAGUGCGACCCACUGACAGGAGACGUGUACCAUGAGACCUUCAUCUGGCCGGAGGACGACGCUGUCGCUCAGCGUCUGGUGAAGGACCAGAGCCUGUCAGAGACGCAGCGAUUGGCUGAGCUGCAGCAUUACCGCUGUGAGGUCACAGGUCUGAAGUCAGCCUAUCAACACGUCCUGAAGGUUGUUAACGGCGACCAACCGCACGCUGACGUCUACCAGCAAGUGCUGGCUUUCGUCCGGACUCGCUGUCGCUACAAAACCCCCAGAAUCCUCCUGUUGGGUCCACCGGGGGCGGGGAAGAGUCAUCAGGCCAGACUGCUGUCAGAGAAAUACAAGAUAGUGGACGUGUGUUGUGGUCAGCUGUUGAGGUCUGUAGCAGGUGAUGGUUCAGCUCUGGGAAAAGAGGUCCAACCCUACCUGGAUGAUGGGAGGCCAGUUCCAGACUCCCUGGUGCUGCAGGUUCUGGAGGAACGUCUGAGCCGACUGGACUGCAGCUGCAGAGGCUGGAUCCUCCAUGGCUUCCCCUGCGAUGUGCAACAAGCCAGGAGCCUGCAGGGGUCCCAGCACAAGCCCAACAAGGUCUUCCUCCUGGAGUUGACUGAUGAUGUUUGUCUGGAGAGAAUCACUCUGAGAGCUACAGAUCCAGUCACUGGGGAGAGGUUCCACGCCGUGACUCGACCGGCUCCGAGCGCCGAGGUCCAAAACAGACUGAGGACCAGACCCGAGGACAACACACACACUGUAACACACACACUGAGUCGGUACAGGAUGCACACUGCAGCCCUGCAGUCUGUGUAUCCAGGUGCAGUUCAUAUUGAUGCUGAUCAGGAUCCUCACUCUGUGUUUGAGGCUCUGGAGAGCAGACUGACAGCUGAGUAAUAGAAGGACCCACCUGGACCCACUUGGACCCACCUGGACCCACCUGGACCCACCUGGACCCACCUGGACCCAGGUUGGAGAGACAGGAAGUGGACUAACUGCUAAACUCAUUGUAUUAAAUGUUCUUAGUUUGUUUUAAAAGUAA